CUGGAAACCCGCCAGCCUGCAGCAGUACAGAGCCUCAGGCGCACAGAUGGACUGUGGGGUACAUAUGGAAACUACAGUGUCCAGACCUGUCCUUUCUCCAACCCACAUCAAUGCCACAGCUUCUGAAACAUUCACUGUACUUCAGCAGAGGAUGAGAAUAGUUGAGGAACAAACCAGCUCACUGAGGGAUGACCUAAUAAUGUUGGACUUUCGUGAAGAAAGAGGCCAGUUGGAAACUCCAAGCUGUUUAGAAGACGUGGAGAGCCAGAAAGUCAUUAGUCCUAUCCAAAAUGAAGUAAUUUGUGCAGGAAAAACUGACAUUUUAUGGAAGAACUGUGAGUUUCUGGUAAAUCGAAUGUGCCGUCUUGAAAGCCUCAUUCAGUCCUUGAAGAUGAACAUCUUUCGCCUGCAAACUGAAAAGGACUUGAAUCCUCAGAAAACAGCUUUUCUGAAAGAUCGACUGAAUGCAAUACAGGACGAGCAUUCUAAGGACCUGAAGCUAUUGCAUCUCGAAGUUAUGAAUUUGCGCCAGCAACUGAGAGCUGUAAAAGAGGAAGAAGACAAGGCACAAGAUGAGGUGCAAAGGUUGACUGCCACUCUGGAGAUUGCCUCACAAACAAAGAAGAAUGCAGCCGUUAUUGAAGAGGAACUGAAGACCACAAAACGUAAAAUGAACCUUAAAAUUCAGGAGCUAAGGAGACAACUGGCUCAGGAGAAGUACCUUAGGGAAUCUUUAGAGAAAUCGGGAUCAGCCAUGCUCCUCAAAAUACAAGAAAUGGGAUCAACAGUGGAAGUAGAACGAAAACAGGUGCACAUCUUGCAGCAAAACUGCAUUGCUCUACGUGAUUCUAUGCAGAGCACUCAAGAACUACUGGCCCAGGAACAGGAAAAAAAAGAAGAGUUGGAGACUGCUACUUCACAGCUCAAAUCUGAUCUAAUUUCUAGAGAUGAUCUCAUUUCCAAAUUGGUUGAAGAAAAUAAGAACGUGCAGAUAUCUUUCAACAAGGAACACAAAGAAAAUGAAUAUUUGAGGUCUGAAAUAAUAUCUCUUAAUGAAGCAUCAGAAAAAGCACAAGUUUUGAAUGACCAAUUGACUAAAAAGUGUUCAGAGCUGAGCUGCAUGCUUCAGACUGUUGGUAUGGAGAAAGCCAGAAUCAUUGCCGAGCAUCAGGCCAUUCUGCAGGUAGAGCAGAAAAUGAUGACACAGACAUUUCAAGAACAAAACUUACUGCUGGAUGCAGCCCAUGCCAGUAUCACAAAUGAACUACAGACUGUUCAGAAUGAGAAAACCCAACUCCAAGAACAUCUGGAUCAUUUAAUCCUUGAGCAUAACCAGUGUAUCCAGAAAGCACAGGAUGCUGAAAAGAGAACAUCUGUGCAAAAAGAGCUGCUAGAAUCAACUAUCGCAAGAUUGCGAGGUGAAUUGCAAGCAUCAGUGCAAGAGAAGAAGUUUCUGCUAGAGGAGAAAGAAAGAUUUCAGAGGGAGGUUAAUAAAACAGAAAAAGAAAUAGCACAAGAAAGAUGCAAUUUGGAAAAAGAAUUAGCUAAAAACAAGGUAGACAUAAACACAUUAACUCAGAACCUGCAGACUCUUGAAGAAGAGAAUAAGCAGCUGGCAGAUCAAAUGGCUUCCCUAGAACUUCAGCAAGUCACUUCUGAUUACCAUGGGCUUGUCCAACAGAAGGUGGAAAAUGUCUUGGGAAAAAUUACUGAAAGUAAAAAUAAACUAGCCUAUGAAAAGGGAAAACUCCAGAUAAAAGUUAAACAGCUAGAAGAACAAGUACAAUCUUUUACUGACACCAGCUUACAGAAUGACCAACUACGAAAGUUGAACAAGGUGCUACAGGCCAAAUAUGCCCAGGCAAACUCAGAACUCAGUGCCAAGAAGGUACACCAGCAACAGGCAGAUGCUCGCCUGAAAGAGGUGAAAUCUAUUCUUGAAAGAAGUAAAGAGGAGCUGUCCCGAACAGUGAAGUGUCGUAACGCAGCCCUAAAAGAGAGUCAGAAGUUGAAAGAGGACCUGGAGGCUAUGGAGGACAGGGAAAACAAGAAGGUGGGAAACUUUCAGCGACAAUUGGCAGAGGCUAAAGAAGACAACUGCAAAGUCACAAUCAUGUUGGAGAAUGUCCUGGCUUCUCAUAGUAAGAUGCAAGGUGCUCUGGAGAAAGUACAAAUAGAGCUUGGGCGGAGGGAUUCAGAGAUUGCAGGCCUCAAGAAAGAAAGGGAUCUCAAUCAUCAGAGGGUGCAGAAGCUGGAAGCUGAAGUGGACCAGUGGCAGGCCAGGAUGCUUGUCAUGGAGGACCAGCACAACAGUGAGAUUGAAUCUCUACAAAAAGCUCUAGAUGUAGCUAGAGAGGACAACAGGAAACUGGCUAUGAGUCUGGAACAAGCUCUCCAGACAAAUAAUCAUCUGCAAACAAAGCUAGAUCAUAUGCAAGAGCAAUUAGAAAGCAAAGAACUUGAGCGACAGAAUUUGGAAACCUUCAAAGAACGGAUGACUGAAGAGUCCAAAGUGGAAGCAGAAUUGCAUGCUGAACACUUAGAAGCUCUAAGAAAGCAGUUUCAAACCGAGAGAGAAACUGCAAAGAAAGUGGCACAACGGGAAGUGGCUGAGCUGAAGAAGGCCCUUGAUGAAGCUAACUUCAGAUCAGUGGAAGUGUCCCGGACCAACCGAGAGCUGCGACAGAAACUUGCAGAACUAGAAAAAAUGCUAGAAAGUAACAAGGAGAAAAUAAAGAAUCAGAAGGCCCAAAUUAAGCUCCACUUGUCAGCUAAGGCGAAUAAUGCUCAGAAUAUAGAAAGGAUGAAGCAAAUAGAAACAGAAUUGAAGCAAAUGGAGCUAAUUAAGGAUCAAUAUCAGAAAAAAAACUUUGAACAGUCUUUGAGUAUCCAGAGAUUCGUGUGUGAAAUGACUAACCUGCAGAAAGAGAUGCAGAUGUUGGCCAAGAGCCAAUAUGAUGCCUCAGUACGGAAUAAACAACAAGAGCAGCACCUAGAAGCAGAGCGGAAAAUAAGGCAGGAGCUAGAGAAUCGGUGCCAGAAAUUAGAAGAAACUGUCAGACACCUGAAGAAAUGUAAAGAGGCAACAGAGAAUAAACUGAAAGAAGCCAGUGUGGAAUCAGAACAGAUAACAGCUAACCUGGAAGAAGCUCAUCGCUGGUUUAAGCACAGGUUUGAUGGUCUACAACUUGAGCUGACAAAAAACCGGUUGCAGAGGCCUUCUGGGGAAGACAGGUGUCAGAAAGAGGACCAAGAUGUAAGACAUGAUGUCAUGUCCAGCCAAUGUGUUCUGCGUCGAUGGGAGAAAAAACAGAAUCUUAGGCCCCUGCCUAAGAAGUAUCAUUCUGAGGUACAAAGGAAGUGAUAUCCCUGACAAGGACACUUCUUUAUGUAUAGCUCCACUCCAUAAUUCCACGAGCCCAGCAGCCAGGGCUGUUCUGUUCCUACAGUCAUAAGAACGUGAAAUCUUUGAUGUGGGCUGAAGAUUUCAGACCUGAAUUUAUAAUUUUAUGAACUCUUAUAUUAGUACAAACUUCCGUUUUUUUUUUUUGUCCCUUUUCACAUUUUCCACCCAAUAAAUUUAUGUUAAUUUGUUGAAAAGUUAGGA